UUAGCUUCACUAUUAUCAGCUAAAAGAGCUAUGCAUGUAUCUUCAAUUGUAUGGAAAAUCAAGAGAUUUUUCAACAUAGGGAGUGAAAGGAAGUUGAAAAAAGCCAUCAAAUUGAUCAACAUACUAGCACAAGAAGUCAUAAGGCAACGUCGAAAAUUAGGGUUUUCGAAUCAUAAGGAUCUUCUAUCAAGAUUCUUGCAAGGGGAUAUCGUCAAUGAGACAUACUUAAGAGAUAUUGUGAUUAGUUUCCUCUUAGCUGGACGAGACACGGUGGCAUCUGCAUCAACAAGCUUGUUUUGGCUACUCACGGAGAAUCCACGAGUAGCUGAGAGAAUUAGAGAUGAAGCAAAUGAAGUUCUUGGACAAAAUCAAGAACUUACAAGUUGUGAACAAUUGAGAGAUCUUCAUUAUUUACAAGCAUGUGUUUAUGAGAGUAUGAGACUUUACCCUCCAAUCCAAUUUGAUUCUAAGUUUUGUUUGGAGGAUGAUUUUUUACCUGAUGGGACUUUUGUUAAAAAGGGAACUAGGGUUACUUAUCAUCCUUAUGCUAUGGGAAGAAUGGAAGAAUUAUGGGGAGUCAAUUGUUUAGAAUUCAAGCCAGAGAGAUGGAUUAAUAAAGACGGUGUUUUUUUCCAAGAAAACCCUUUUAAGUAUCUAGUUUUUCAAGCUGGGGUAAGGGUUUGUUUGGGUAAAGAAAUGGCUCUUGUUGAGCUUAAAAGUAUGACUCUUUCAUUCCUCCGACGAUUUCACGUCGAAUUAGCUCAUCCAUCCACCACAUUCUCUCCUGGUCUGACCGCCUCGUUUCGUGGCGGUUUGCCAGUAUUUGUAAGGGAAAUUAAGAGUACUACUUAA